CUCGCUGAUUGGCUGCGGGAACCCACGCUCCUCUUGUUCUGCGCCGCGGUUCCCGCUCGCGUUGCGAGCGCGACUUGUCUUCGCCGUUUGCCUGUGGGAGCCGCGGCGGGCCGCGGGUAGGUGGCGGGGCCUUCUCGCUCCGAGCUGCGUGAUGGGUGGCGGGGCUGCUGCGCUGUUGUGGAAGCAGGAGGACGCGGCCUGAGAGUACGGGGCUCUGCCGGGCUCCUCGCGGCUGUGUGGCGGGCAGGGGCUCGGCGGCUGCAGGUGCUGCUCCGUUGGAGGGGCUGGGAUCGUUAAUGGCUCAGGAAUGUGGCGGCGGGAUCCGGUAGGAUGCUGGGAACGUCGGGGGAGACAGGUUUGGGGUAAAAGCUGUCCAAUGUAGUCAUGGCUCGAGAACGAAAAUGCAUACUGUGUCACAUCGUGUACAGCUCAAAAAAGGAGAUGGAUGAACACAUGAGAAGCAUGCUUCAUCACCGAGAACUUGAAAAUCUGAAAGGAAGGGACAGCAACCACAAGUGCCAGGUGUGCAGGGUGACAGUGGUUGGCUUGUCAGCAUAUGCCAAACACAUCUCCAGCCAGCUGCACAAAGACAAUAUCGAUGCCCAUGACAGAGAGGAAGACGAAGGGAAAGAAGAGGCUGAUGAAGAGUACUUUGACAAGGAACUAAUUCAAUUAAUCAAACAAAGGAAGGAACAGAACCGGCAAGUUGAAGCUUGCUGUAGAAACCAAGAAAUAGAAUCCGAUGAUAGGAGACCACAGAGAAGGCGAGAAGAAAGAACUGCUUAUAAAGACAGAGAAACUUAUGAUUCAUCCUUGUGGCACCAUCAAGGCCCAUCUAAGAAGGACUGGAAAUGGGAAAACAAUGGCUUUAUGAACCCUAGGCAAGGCAAAUUCCCACAUUCCAUAAAGAACCCUAAAGCAGACAGGCACCUCAGUGUUCCCAGGGGAUGCUCGGGAUGGCAUCAAAAUGGUUCUGCAGGCGUUUCAGGUCAACAUGAUAACCAUGGGAAUUCUGGAGGUAUUUGGCAUCCGAAUGUACGAGGAGAAAUGUCAAACUGGUAUCAAGAUGUCAAAGGAAGAAAUUCCAACUGGCAUUCUGAAGGAACAGGUGACUUUUCUAUUUGGCAUUCUAAAAACUCUGCAAGAAACUGGAAAUCCAAUCCUCAGGGUACAAAUGGCUGGAAUUUUGGUGGCACAGGGGACACACAUCCACUGGGAAAAAAUAGGACUGCAAAUCCUAGUUCCCACACAGAAGAUGGGAGUGUUGCAUGGAAAAAAAAAACCAUUAAAUAUAACCAGGAAAGGUAUACACGGCAGUGGCAGGCGAAUGACCAAUUGGAUUUUACUAGUGAUAAACUCCCUUCAGUGGGGGCACUGGAUUUCGGUAUUUCUGAACAACCGGAGAGUAAAAUGUCCAAGAUGAAUGGAAAGAGUGGCAGCACUUCCAAAGAUAAAAUUCAUCGAUGGACUCCUUACCCCUCCCAGAAAGCUACAGACCAGCAGCCAUGGACUGAAGAGAAUGUUUCUAAAACUUCAGAGAAAAAAAAUUCUGUAUCUCUACCUUUCCUCGAGACAUCCAUGAAAGGGAUGGAUCUUGAAAUAGAUACUACAAGCCUCCCAAAACUCAUAACGUGGGAAGAGACCCUUUUAAACCACCCCUGUGACAAGGCCACUGCUGACCAUCUUGAAUCUUGCAAGGUGAAUGCAGACUGCCCCAGUGGAGGAAGACCUGACCAAGAGGAGGGCAGAAGUAACAGGAUGCCAUCACUGAAAUCCCCACUCAUGGUUAUUCCAGACAUGAAGUUAUCUUCCCAAAAGCAAGACCCAAAGAAUCUCUUGAAAAAUGUCAAGCUUCUAUUAUCUUCCUCCCCUGGAGAACUCCAGAACCAUUCAAAUGCACUAAACUUAGAAACUAAUCGUUCCUCUUCUUACGUAUCCAAGUUGCGCAGUGCUUGUAGCUUAAGAGACAGCAGAGAUGUGCUUGACAGAAAUCAGAGACAGCCUAUUGAUAGCCUAAGUGAAGAACUAAGAAAAGCCAAAGAAGAGUUGCAAUCCAAUCUUUCUCUGCAAAAUUCUUACUUAAGUUCAUACAGAGAUACAGAGAGUAAUAUAAGAGGUGAUCGGAAUAUAGAGGAACCCAGGAAAGGUUUUUCAAAGACUAAUGAGCCUAGAGCUGAUACAUUGGAGGAUGUAAGUGAAGAGUGUGAAAAGGCUGAAGCAAGCGUUGAAAAGCUAAGUCCUUUCAUUAAUACUUGCUCAACAUGUGACCCUCAGGAGUGUGAACAUGCUAGCACCAGAAAGGAAGGUGACACAGAAGCAUCAGGCAAACCUCCCAAUUCAAGUAUUAUAACUGAUAACCAAAAAGAUUCUGAAUUUCAAAUGGAGUCAGUGAGCCCAUCAAGCCUUCAACACAAUUUAAGUGAUGAGCUGAAAACCUCUCAGGAAGGGAAAGGUGAAGAUCCUAUCAAAUCAAAUCAUUUUGAUAUGGAAGGCUUUGAAAACAGUUUAGAUCAUGAGCUGCAAAAAGGAGGUGGUGGCCAACCUUCAGGCCCUCUUCUUCCUGAAUUAAGUAAACUUGGCCUCCCUGCUUCCCUCCAAAGAGAUCUGACACGACAUAUCAGUUUGAAGAGUAAAGUUGGGGCACAUCUUCCUGAGCCCAACCUCAACAAUGCGCGGCGUAUUCGAAAUGUUAGUGGUCAUCGAAAGAAUGAGACUGAGAAGGAGUCUGGACUUAAACCAACCCUGAGGCAGAUUCUUAGCGCAUCCCGAAGAAACAUAAACUGGGAACAAGUCAUCCAGCAAGUAACAAAGAAGAAACAGGAGCUUGGCAAGGGUUUACCAAGGUUUGGCAUAGAGAUGGUACCCCUUGUUCAGAACGAACAGGAAGGUCUUGAUUUGGGUGAAGAACCUGAGCUGUCUGGCCUAGAAGGAUUCCAGUGGGAAGGGAUUUCCAUGGCAGCAUCUGGAUCAGCUAGGAAACGCAGCCUCUCUGAAAGCAGUGUUGUUGUGGACAGGACUGCUUCUGUUUAUGGCUUCUUCAGUGACCAAGCCACAACAAAGGAAAGUGAGCAAAAGCAAAUCAUUCCAGCCUGCCAUUCACAUUUUAUAGCACCUAUAUAUAAAACAAGUGCUGAUAAUGUGGCUGACUUCAAACAAGAGACAUCCUCUCUCCCUUCAUCACCAUUCAUGUCUGAAAGAACUGAAACUACUAUCAAUGGAAGGAGACACAGCCUACAUACUCCCUCUGAUGUUACAAGCUUCACAGUAUUUGCCACAAAACAAGAUCAGGAGAGUCCAGAAUGUAGAAUAUCACUUCUUGAAAACAAAAAUGCAUUAGAGCUCACAGAGGAAGGAAACAUUUUGGCUUCAAAUGGAGCUUCAUUGCUUGCAGGAUCAAACUCGGUAGAUGCAGCUACAGACAGCAGCUGUACAUCUGGUACUGAGCAGAAUGACAGCCAGGGAAUUGGAAAGAAAAGAAGAGCAACUGGAGAGGGAUCGUCUCCUGAAAUCCCAAGUCUAGAAACAAAGAAUAAAAGAAGGAAAAUUAAAGGCAAAAAAGAGCGUUCUCAGGUAGACCAGUUGUUGUCUAUUUCCCUCAGAGAAGAAGAGUUGAACAAGUCACUGCACUGUGUGGAUGACCGCCUCUUGCAGGCUCGGGCUGCUCUGCAGGCAGCCUAUGUUGAAGUUCAACGAUUCCUUGUAUUGAAACAGCAGAUAACAAUGGAGAUGAGCACAUUGAGGAGUCAGAGAAUUCAGAUCCUGCAGGGGCUACAAGAAACCUAUGAACCUCCUGAGAGGUCAGAACAGCUCACCUGCAGCAUCUCAGAUGAAAGAAGAAUUAGCAGAUCCGUGACAACAGCUGAUCUAGCUCUUCGUCCUUCAGGUCAAUUCUUCCCCCUUCUGGAGACUUCCUCAGGUCUCUCCUCUCAUACAUCCCCUUCUGGUACUCCCUUGGGAGCCUCUCUCCGAGUGAGUUCCCCAUCUGUGUGCCAGACCCCUGGUACUGUCACAGCCAGCACUGUUCCUGAUUCAUCCAUGCAAAUUAAACAAGAACCUAUGUCUCCAGAGCAUGGAGGAGAAAGUGUGAAUACUGUGCUCCAUGGCUCUGUGUGCACUCCACAAGCAGAACUGCAGCAGAAGGAUGUAGAUUUCAGCCAGAAAACUUCUGUGUACCCAGUUAUCUCAGCAAUCAUGUCCCUGUCAGAGCUGACAACUUGUUUCCAACAGACUAAUCAAGAUAUUCACAAGCCUGCUACAGAUAAGGAGCGGACCAUACUAUCACCAUCUACUCUCAACAAACAAAAAGGGGCGAUUGAAACCCUGACUGAAAUUACCUUACCAGAACAGUGUAGCAUCUCUGUUGCAAAUCAAUCUCUCUCUUUAGAAACACCUUUGGACAAAGAUCCAAAACUACCAGCAGAACAUCUGGCAGAAUCCACUCUGGUCUCUGCAGAGAACAAAGGAAAAAAGAGAAGGAAAAAGCUAAGGAAGAAGAAAACUUUGCGAGCAGCCCAUGUACCUGAGAACAGCGACACAGAACAGGAUGUUGUUGACUCUAAACCUAUUAGGAAAGUCAAGAGUGGGAAGGUGCCCACAGCGGGAAAGGUUACUACAUCCACCUUUCCAAGACAGGAGGAUGGGAGUACUACUCAUGAAGUAGAGAGGAACAGAGAUGAUAAUGAGAGUGAUGCCUCUCUGGAAUUAGUAGAAACUGCAAGCCCCCAGUUUGAGGUGGUGGCCAUCAACUCAUCAGAGUCAGGAGAUGAGAAACCAGACAGCCCAUCUAAGAGGGACACCAUGAGAUCCUCGGAGCAAACUUUAAUGGAGGCAUCUCGCUCUGGUUAUGAUGAAGUGAGCUCCACCAGUGAGAUUGGCACAAAUUAUAGGGAUGGCAUCAGUAGAAGUGUUGCUGAGACUCUCCCUUCCAUAUCACCAAUGAGAUGCUCAAAGAACUCCUCAGAAGUGUCUUCAGAGCCAGGUGAGGAUGAAGAACCUACGGAGGGAAGUUUUGAGGGACACCAAGCCGCAGUGAAUGCUAUUCAGAUAUUUGGGAGUGUGCUUUACACCUGCUCAGCAGACAAAACUGUCCGUGCCUACAAUCUGGUUAACAGGAAAUGUGUGGGUGUCUUUGAAGGACACACUUCCAAAGUGAACUGUCUCCUGGUUACUCAAACAAAUGGGAAGAAUGCAGCCCUCUACACUGGCUCUAGUGACCACACAAUCAACUGUUACAAUAUCAAGACCAAGGAGUGCAUGGAGCAAUUUAAAUUGGAAGACCGGGUGCUCUGUCUGCAUAGUAGAUGGCGAAUCCUGUAUGCAGGCCUGGCAAAUGGCAAUGUGGUCACUUUCACCAUAAAGAACAACAAGCAAAUCGAUACCUUUGAAUGCCAUGGCCCUAGAGCAGUCAGCUGUUUAGCCACGGCUCAGGAAGGAGCACGCAAGUUGUUGGUAGUGGGGUCUUAUGACUGUACCAUCAGUGUGCGGGAUGCUCGAAAUGGACUGCUUCUACGAACUCUUGAAGGUCAUAGCAAAACAAUACUCUGUAUGAAGGUUGUGAACGAUCUGGUGUUCAGUGGCUCCAGUGACCAAUCUGUCCAUGCCCACAAUAUACAUACAGGAGAGCUGGUACGAAUCUAUAAAGGCCAUAAUCAUGCAGUAACUGUUGUGAACAUCCUAGGGAAGGUGAUGGUGACUGCUUGCUUGGAUAAAUUUGUCCGUGUUUAUGAGCUACAGUCUCAUGACCGUUUGCAAGUCUAUGGAGGACACACAGAUAUGAUCAUGUGUAUGACUAUUCAUAAGAGCAUGAUCUACACUGGCUGCUACGAUGGCAGUGUCCAAGCUGUGCGGCUUAACCUGAUGCAGAAUUACCGUUGCUGGUGGCAUGGAUGUUCACUGAUAUUUGGAGUUGUGGACCACCUGAAACAACACUUGCUGACAGAUCACACCAACCCACAUUUUCAGACUCUAAAAUGUCGCUGGAAGAACUGCGAUGCCUUCUUCACUUCCAGGAAAGGUUCCAAGCAGGAUGCUGCAGGACACAUUGAAAGACAUGCCAAGGAUGACAGCAGAAUUGACUCAUGAAGCCUUUUACCUCCCAUAUUGGGAAGUAAUUUUAUACAUUAGAACUAUUCCAUACAUCAUUCUCCUCUUGCCCCAUCCUCUUUCCUCCUUCUUUUCCUCCUUGGAGUGGAAAAAGGGAGUGGGGCCUAACUCCCUUACUAUAGAGACUGCAUGUCACAUGCAACUCUGUAGAAAUGGGAGCAGACCAUUAACACUCAGACCAAACUGUGUCUAGUUUUUUGUCCAGUUUUUAUUCAUCAGAAGACACUAUGAGCAUCCCCUCUUGUCUGCCCAUUUGAAGAAGUGCAUUCUGUGCAUCUAAGAUUGGGCAUUGAGAGGGAUACUCUGACUGAGAUAAAACUAGGUGCCAGCGUUCACUAACUCACCUUCAAAUGUGCAAGGAUUUAACCAAGGCAAGUAGUGUUCAACGGUUUCAAGUUGUAUGCAAAUCCCACACAUACUUUGAUUUUUUAGCCAAUUUUAAUAAAAUAUUUCUAACUACAAGGACAGAAGUUCCACAGAGAGUUAUCACUGAAUUUCCAUUGCAAAUUUUGGCUGUCCUCAUAAAACUUUAUAGUGUUUUAAUGGGAAACUAGAAUGAAGUGGUUCCUUUUUUUAAUGUUAACUGCAAUUUAUGCUUUGACGUUUUGAAUAUUCUUUGUUUAAAGGUUGCUCUGAUUGGUAAAAUGUACAGUGACUGACUGGAUUUCACUGUCCUGCACAUUACAUUCUCUAAGGAGACUUGUGAUGAGGGCAGACACUUUUUUUGAGAGAUGUUGCAGCCACAAAGCAGCCUGACUUCUUCCUUCAUACACCCACUUAGUGAUCUCUAACAAAUUAAAAGACUAGAGACCUUAGUGGCAGGUGGUACAGAGAGUAAUGCCAGCUUUGUAUUUUGCAUUUUGACAACCACUACUGUCUUGAUAUAACACCAGAGCUGGAUUCCUGAUUUUUGGUAGUUUAUUUUGGCAGAUUUCAUAACUUAUUUUAGGUGAGAUCUCGUAUAGAAUUUUGUUGACUGGCAAGUGCAAUCCUGCCUUUUUAUGGAAAGUUAGUUUACUGAGCAGAUGCACAGACGCCACGUGUCUGAACAUAGCCAUUUUGGUGUUGCUCUGUUUCAAGUGUAAACUGACUUUAUUUGCAUCAGCUUUGCAAUCACUUGAGUUUAUCAUGGAAGGGUGCAACAAAGAGAGUUGCUGGGUGUGGAGCAGGAUUUUAGAGUCCAAGGAUCUCAAGCAGAAGCUGAGGGUACCAAGUGUGUAUCAUCUGUAGAAGACUUCAUUCUACGAAUGUUUUUAAGAUGCCACAAACGGCCAUAGAGGGAAGGCCAUGCCUGUUGUUUCUAGUGGUCUGAUUUGCUCCUUACUUAUUCCUGAGGAGGACUGAAAUCUCAUUUGUCCAGCAGGAAC